CUUUAUGCAUUCUUUUCGUUUCUUUUUCUUCGUUCCACUAUCCUUUCUUCUCCUGUACAUCCCUUUCUAUGCAAUCCAAAAGCCACCAUAUCAUCACAAUUUGCCACUAAAAAGCUCGCUCUUCAUAUCGCUUCACACAGCUCAAGCCAAAGCCACUCAUCUAGCUCCUUUGUUCAGCGGCAUAGCCACACUUACGCUCCUCGCUCCAUCGCCUCAGAUCAAUUCCACUCCUUCGACAUUCCUAGCCUGCCAAAAAAAAAAUCUACACAAAAUUACUGCUUAUGUUUCUUUUCACUGUGAUUGCGAUUGCAUGCUUGUCAUCUUCCGUGGCUUGGACUAUUAUAAUCCAACCAACGGAGCAGCUAUUCCAAUAUGGGUGCCAGAUUAUGUUUUGGGGAGGUGGUUGUAAUCUGAAAUUUCCCAUGACAGAAUGCUGACAUCGGCAGAGCCAAGACAACAUGCAUCAUUUGAUGAAGAACAAAUUUUGAUUCAAACCUUGAGGACAAACACAUCUAAGAGAACCAAAGUUAGCAAUACAAACACCACAAGGAAGCCAAAAGGAAUAACAAGACAAUAAAAAAUAGAAAGAGCAAUUCCAUGCGUAGCUUAUAUUUCAUUUCCUGCACUUUACAUCAUGUAUUUCACUAUUUUAUUUCUAAACCAAAAGCUUAGCUUAUUUACAUCAUGGUCAAAUAAUGGUUACCUUAGAUUUGACAAUAACCACUCAUGUGUGAAUUGGAAAAAAAAACCACCACUAAUGCAUAAGAUGUAAUAGUAAUACUUAAACUCCA